GACGUAAUCAGAAGGCGUAGUUUAAGGUCCCCAUUUUCCCUUACUGCUGGUAGCGGAGACAUGACGACUCCUGGCUCUGUGACUCCGGGGACACCCUUUGAACCAUCACAACCCCCCGUCGUUGAGGGCAUGAGCCCCAGUGUCUACAGCACUACGGAAAGUUUCAAGGAAAAGUUCCUUCGCAAGACCCGCGAGAACCCAAUGGUACCUCUAGGCUGCCUGAGCACGGCGGCCGCCCUUACCUACGGCCUCUAUUGCUUCCACCGGGGUCAGAGCCAGCGUUCCCAGCUCAUGAUGCGCACCCGGAUCGCCGCCCAGGGCUUCACGAUCGUAGCCAUCUUGGUGGGUCUGGCUGCGUCCGCUCUGAAGUCUCGACCGUAAGCCUGCGCGGCAUGGCCUUGAAAGCUUCGCGGAUAUCAUAACCAGCCCCAGGCGUAACCACCGGUCCUGCACGGGACGUAUUCCCUCAUCGCCCCUGACAAGCCCCCGUGUCAGUGGGGAUGGAAGCGGCCAAUUGCUAACCGACAGAAUUUUUUCAGGAAUCUCAGGUUCGGUUCGGUUGGAGUGUUGCAUAGGUUUAUUUGUGCCACACAUUCUCUACUCCCUACUUAAUAAACUCUGAUCCACUUGUA